AUAGUGCCUGAGGAUCUGGAAGGGUGCAGGGUAAGAUGUAUGGAAAGACACUUCCAAGGCAUGUAUCUGACUCUAAUCGAAGAAUCAUUGAGACAAGCGGUCCAUCAAAGAGGGUGUAUCAAGUGUGGCAAGGAAGCAAUAAGUUUUUUUGGGGAGGGAGGCUUAUAUUUGGUCCAGAUGCAAGGUCUCUGGUGCUCACAAUAAAUCUUAUUGCAGUUCCUGUUAUCCUCUUUGCUAUAUUCGUCUCUCAGAAGCUGGUCCAUGAGUUCCAGCAUCAGUUUGGGAAUCUUAUUAUAGCUAUUGCUAUUAUGUUUGCUGCUUAUAAUAUUACUCUUCUCCUUCUUACCUCUGGCAGAGAUCCAGGAAUUGUUCCACGUAAUGCCAAUCCACCUGAACCAACAGAUAUUGUCUCACCUGGUACAUCUACAGAGUGGUCCGGAAGCCAUGGUGCUCCAGCUUUACCGCAAACUAAAGAUGUAUUUGUAAAUGGCACUUUUGUGAAGGUCAAGUAUUGCAACACAUGCAUGCUUUAUCGCCCCCCUCGUUGCUCUCACUGCUCAAUCUGCAACAAUUGUGUGGAGCGCUUUGAUCAUCAUUGUCCCUGGGUUGGGCAGUGUAUUGGAAGAAGGAACUACCGUUUGUUCUUUAUGUUUGUGUCCUCGACGACCCUUCUCUGCCUGUAUGUCUUUGCCUUCUGUUGGGUUAAUCUUAAAAAGAUUAUGGAUGUGCACGAAUGCAAUCUUUGGGCAGCUGUUGCAAAAUCACCUGUUUCUGGAAUUCUCAUCAUUUACACAUUUAUAGCAGCUUGGUUUGUUGGCGGUUUGACAUCCUUCCAUAUUUACUUAAUCUGCACCAAUCAGACAACCUAUGAGAAUUUUAGAUAUCGAUACGACAGCAAAAUGAAUCCAUAUAACCGUGGGUGCUUCCAAAAUGUCAAGGAGGUUCUCUUAUCUGAAGUUCCCAAGUCCAUGAAUAAUUUCAGAGCAAAGGUGAAAGAGGAUUCGACUAGAUUCGCCUCAUCGCAUUCUAUGGGGCGAGCCAUCAGUCCAGAUGUACCAAAGACAAGCUAUGAUCUCGAGGUUGGUGCAAAAAGACAUACUGUGGUCGCAGAGGAACUUGAAGACAUACAAAGCCAGUUUGAGUGUGGAGCAUCAGCAAGAUGUGAUCUCCAACCGCCACACCCAAGCUGGACAGAUGACAAAGACCACUGGGAGAUAACAAAUGACAUAGAGGCACUGGAGGCUGAAUUUAGAAUGGAAAAUACCUAUGGACACAGAGGAAAUAUUCAUUGAAAAUGUUGGGAUCAGGAUGGUAGUUGCUAAUUCCGCUAACUGGUGUAUCCCCUUGUAGGUUAACAAGGCAGUAAAAAGAACUUUUGUGUCAUUAAAACUGAAAAGCAGAUGCCUCUCUCUCUCUCUCUCUCUCUCUCCCCCAUUUUUUUUUAUUUUACAUUUUGAACAAAUUUGUAUAAGGAGAUGUGCCAUAAUAUUUGACUUGUAUACAUGUAGUUGAGAUUUGGAGAUGUUUGUAAA